UCUUGCGACUUCUCUGAUUAAGAUGGAAGUGUCAUCUACGGUUAAACUUCUAGAAUGGAACGAAAUUCUCCUGUCCUUGGUGGGUCUUUGGCCACUCAGUCAUAACGAUACGCGGUUUACCCUCGGUCUAAGUUGUUUACUGAUUCAUGUAACUUUGGAACACGUAGACCUUUACAAAAACGGCAAAAAUUUUGAACACGUCGUGGCGAAUCUAUCGGAAAACAUAAUGUUCACGACGAUCCUGAUUGAAGUGACUCUUCUACGUGUUAACAGCCGGAAACUGGGGCAAAUAAUCCGGGCGGUUUACGAGGAUUUUGUCGAGGAGAAUUAUAAAACAUCUACGGAAACAAAAAUUCUUUUAGACAACUUUGAGAAGACCCGGAUAUUCGUUGUAUCAUCUGUAAUGCUGAUACUUCCUGCGGCAGUUAGUUACUACCUAACUCCUUUCAUUAAUCUGCUCAGAACCAUGAACGGAAAUUCAACAGUGCAGUUAGAAUUGCCAUACCACACGUAUAUAUUCUAUGACGUGUCAAAAAUUUCAUCUUACGCAAUGACAUACGCCGCUCAGCUUCCGUUCGUCUUUUUCUCGGCUUUUGGAUCCAUCGCCUCCAUUUGUUUAGUCAUCAGUUUGACGCUCCACGUGUGUGGACAACUGUCCGUCCUUGCGGAACGAAUCAACGAUGUAAAUACCGAUGGUCAAGAGUGUGGUCUGGCCAUAAAAACGCUUGUCAAAAAACACGUGCGACUGAUACGAAUGACACAGACUCUGGAGGAGGUGUACAAUGUUAUGUUAUUGGGUCAACUCCUUGGAGGAAUGAUUCUCAUAUGUAUCCUGUCCUACUACGUUUUAGCGAACACUGAGGGAGAACAGAACACUGAUUUCGUCAGUUUCACGUUGUACGUCCUUAGUGUGAUACAUCACAUCUUCGUUUACUGUUACGUGGGUGAACGUCUUGUUCAAGAGAGUACUAAAGUACAUGACGCAUUAAGCGCAUGUCGAUGGUACGACAUGUCAUCGGUUCACGCCAAAAUGCUCAUCAUAUGCAUGUCCAGGUCUCAGAAGCCGCUCGUACUGACGGCUGGAAAAUUCUGCACAUUUUCUAUGGGCAGUUUUGCAAAUGUAAUGAAAACCUCGAUGGCGUACCUGUCAGUGUUGAAAAGUCUCCUUUAAUGCAACUAAUUCGAAAUGGUCUCAAUUUUGAAAUCGUCAUGAGAUACAUGAAUUAAUAUAGGUAAUGAUAUACAGGAACAAAUACAAUUAGAGAUUCAAAAAUUUGUUAGGAAUAUUGAAAGUAUGAAAAGCAGUACUGAACCUUUUUUCCAAUGUCGUCCUGCUUAGCACAAGACACGUGCAUUAAUUCUUGUAGCAUUUUUUCCCCAAAUAUUGAUCACUGAUGAAUUAGUUUCAUGCAAUAUCACGUAUGUUUCUUCAGUCAAAGCUUAAGAUUUAGAA